UCUGCCCACUCACGAGGGAGACGCAGAGGGGAGUAUGGCCUUCAGGCGCUCGCCAUCCUGGUCCAAUGAACCAGUGACCUUUGAAGAUAUAGCACUGACUUUUACCCUGGAAGAGAAGGGACUGCUGGACAUCCCACAGAAGUCCUUAUACAGGGAAGUGAUGCUGGAAAACUACAGAAACCUGGUCUCAGUGGAACUUCAUCUUUCCAAGCCAGAUGUGAUAAUACAGUUAGAGAAAGCAGAAGACUGCUGGACAGUGGAAAGAGAGAUUCUUCAAGACACCUUUCCAGAAUGUUCUGGGGCUACACAAGUACCUCAGUUGGGUCUUCCUGCUGAGGAUCCCCUGAUGAAGAUCAAAGUUGUUGAAGUUCUUACCCUGAACCAAGCGGUGGCUGGUCCCCGGAAUGCUCAGAUUCAUGCCCUCUACACUGAAAAUGGAAGCCAGAGUCCAGUCCAACAGCUGGGCAGACAUCCAUCUGACACUGAAGCCGUUCGCCAUAAAUUCCGACACUACCAAUAUGAGAAGUCAACUGGGCCUCAGGAGACCAUUGCUCAGCUUCGUGAUCUGUGUCACCAAUGGCUACAGCCAGAGCUGCAUUCCAAGGAGCAGAUCAUAGAGAUGCUGGUGCUGGAGCAGUUCCUGGGUGUUCUGCCUGCACAGCUAAACUUGUGGGUUAAGUCACAACACCCAGAGGACUGUGAAGCAGCAGUGGUCCUAGUGGAAGCACUACUUGCCUGCUCUCCUAAGGCCACUGCCCCACAGAAGGAAGAAAAGGAGGAUGUGGCCAUCUUGCCAAUGGAAGUGCUGCCUGAGGAGCCAGUGACCUUCCAGGACGUGGCCGUGGACUUUAGCCAGGAGGAAUGGGGACUACUGGGCCCAGUGCAGAGGACUGAGUACCGUGACGUGAUGCUGGAGACCUUGGGGAACCUGGUCUCUGUAGGGUGGGAGACUGCAUUGGGAAGCAAAGAGUUAACUUCAGAUUCUCCCUUUCCUGUGGAAGAAGCAGUUCGUGAUCUAAAAAUGAAAAAGUUUUCAAGGGACAACACCCACCGUUCUUCCUCAGAAGAUGAUGUACAAGACAAGGUCCAAGUUGUUCCCAACACAGUGUUGAAACAAGUGGAGUUCACCCGGGAACAAGGCCUUUCUGAAAAGCAGCUCACUGAAAGCCCAAAAUCCCAGCCAAGCACUGGUCUCCACACCAGUCAGGGUUCAGUCCAAGACAUCCCUUCCACAAAGGGCUUACGCAAACGUAGCCUACAGGUUAAAAACAUGGGAGGUAGUCCACGUGUAAAAACCCACAAGAAGGACUGUGAAGUGGGGAGAACCAAGAAGAACAACAGUUGUGUAGCAAGUGGUUCCCGUGCAAGAAUUCAACAAAAGGGCUCUACAGGAAGAAAAGCCAAGGAGAGCAGUGGUUUUAGGAAAACAAUAUGCCAUCGAGCUCAGCAGAUUACUUUUAUAAGAAUUCACAAAGGGAGCCAAAUUUGCCGAUGCAGUGAAUGUGGGAAAAUGUUCCGAAACCCAAGAUACUUUUCUGUCCAUAAAAAGAUCCACACAGGAGAAAGGCCCUAUGUGUGUCAGGACUGUGGGAAAGGGUUUGUGCAGAGCUCUUCCCUCACACAGCAUCAGAGAGUUCACAGUGGGGAGAGACCAUUUGAGUGUCAUGAGUGUGGGCGGACGUUCAAUGACCGCUCGGCCAUCUCCCAGCACCUGAGGACUCACACUGGAGCCAAGCCCUACCCAUGUCAGGACUGUGGGAAAGCAUUCCGGCAGAGCUCGCACCUCAUCCGGCACCAGAGGACUCACACCGGGGAGCGCCCCUACGUGUGCAGUAAAUGCGGAAAGGCCUUCACCCAGAGCUCACAUCUUAUUGGGCAUCAGAAAACACACAUUGGGAAAAAGUAUAAGAAGAAGUAG